CUUGUGGUUCCCGAGCUGCGCCGCUUCCCACCAGACCUGGGCUUGGCGGCACCUUCGCGGACGGCCGGCGGAGACAGCAGCAGCACCAGCGGGCGGAGAUGACAUCCACGAAUAUGUUUCAGGGGCUGGAGAGCAGCGGCAAGCCGAGCUCCAGGGUACUGAGACCUCCAGGGGGAGGCUCUAGUGACCUGUUCGGGGUCAGUGAGAACACCUCCCAAGCUACCAAACCGCACAAGAUGGCUUCAAAUAUCUUCGGACCUCCAGAUGAAGCACAGAGUGGCCCUAAAAGGACAAACCCACCUGGUGGAAAGAGCAGUGGGAUUUUUGGAGAGUCCGAGACGGCUCGUCACCAGCAGCGGCAUGUCCCACCGGGGGGGAAAAGCAGCAAUAUCUUUGGGGACCCGGUGAGCAGCACGGCUGUCCGGGGCCACCCCAACAAACCAAAGGAUACCAAUAUAUUUGAAGAUGGCGAUUCAAAUCAGGAACCUGAAUCUCCGCAGCCGAAGGCCGAGGUGCCAGAGGAGAGACCGAAGGAGCAGGAAAAGGAGAACGGGAAGGAGGAGGAGGAGGAGAAGGAGGAGGCCGCUGCCCCCCAGCCUCCUUCGGAGGAAGCGGCCCUUCAGGCCUCCGUGGAUGACCACGAGCCCCGGCUGGGCCCUAGGCCACGCUCUCACAACAAGGUCAUCCACCCCCCGGGAGGCAAGUCGAGCGUGGCCUUCUACUGACGGCCCGCGCCCUCGUCCCCUGCACUUUCCUUCUCCCGUUGUCCGACAGGAACCUUUGUAGAGUUGCUGUACUUCUCUACCGUGAUUUAGGUAUGUUGUUCUUGCUUCUGUGUAGCUCCUGAGUUAGGUGGGUGAUGUACUAUUCUAAAAUAACUUUGCUUCAAUUUGCGUCUGGUUAUGUUGAGUCCAAAUUGACGUAAAUUUUUACUAAUGUUCAUACCGAUUUAAUAACUGGGUAGGCGGCUCUCGGAAGCGCAUCGUGAAGGUCUGACAGCCCCUGUCCCAAGUUUCUACAGUUCUCACUCGCUUUGCUCUUAUCAUGUGGAAAUUUUAAAACUGUUUUUGAAACGGACCUGUGUUCAAAAUGUAACUGCCUCUAUUCUAGUUCAGAUUUAGCUCAUUUGAGAAAAUCAUCCAUUUUUCCUUACCUGCUGAUGAGUGUUUGUCCCAGGUGUAGCAAAGAGGCUUUUUUUGAUUUAUAGCAAACUGCAAGAUCUUAGCUUUACCCACACGCAUGCAGACUAAUCCAGCAAAGGAAAUGACCAUCUUGCAAUCCCAUGCUGCUCCAUUGUUUGGCCAGGGCAGCACUUCUUAGUUUUACAGCAAAGAGCUUUGGUCUGCAAUUUACUUUCCUCCCCCUUCUGCCUCGCCUUGUGUAACGGACUUGUCUGAAACAUACUGUCCUCUUGGUAAACCAUAUUUAGGAACUGCAGCGCCAAAAAGUAAUGGGCAAGCCAAAAAAGUGCUUCAGAAAUUUUAUAUAUGUGUAUAAAAAUAUUGGCAGGGUAUUCUGUUUUACCAUUGCUGGUUCUACAAAGAAUGUGGUAACAGAACUCGGGAGGGCAUUUUAUGUUUUAAAUUAAAACUUGAAGACCAUGUGAAGAAAGAGAGGAAAAGAGGAGGUGAUUUCCUCAUGGAGGGAAUCUUGCAGUGUGGUGUGUUCCCUGUGUGUUCAGCCCACGAAGUGCCAGCCUUUACUUUGUGUGCCUUACUACAUACAAAUGUGCCUGGCUGGCAGUGAGUAGAGCAGAAAAACCUGUGUCUGAUUCUUUGCAAUAAACAAUUGUAUUUUGAUUAA